CGGGCGCGUCGCCGCCGUGCACUGCCGCGGCGGGAUCGGGCGCACGGGCCUCGUCGUCGGCUGCUGGCUCGUGGACAGCGGGCGCGCGCGGGACGGCACAGAUGCGUUGCGCAUGAUCGCGGAGGAGUGGAAGGGCGUCGAGAAGUACAAGCGCUACCCCUACAGCCCCGAGACGGGCCCGCAGUUUGACUGGGUCCGCACCUGGGCGCGCGAGCGGCCCCCCGUGGCGGCGGCGACGCCGAGUGCGCACGCAAGCGUGCAAUGAUGACCGAGAUGACAUUCAUGACUGGCGAUGACUCGUGCGUGCCUUUUGCUCUCUCUUUCUUCGACCCGGUCGCUGAUCGUCGGUGUCGCGCGUAGCCUGACGCUGACACGAUCACGCCUGCAUGACUUCCCCGUCUGCACAUCCAUCCAUUCCUAUCUCCCUUUCCUCCCUCUCGGCCACAUAACUUAUCGCGCGGCCUCGGUCCUCGCCGUAAUUGUACAUCUGCCUCCGUUUAGUCUAUCUCUCUCGCUCUUCCUGCCUCUGCUCUCUCAUGUGCCCGUGGACAGAUACGGUACUGGACCCCGUCUCUAGAUCGAUCAUCGUCGUCGCUGGCUAGAAGUUGUAUCCACAGUGCAUUUCCUCGUUCUAUUUUGCUCUCUCUCUUCCGGAUUCGACGCUGCUGUCCAUAGUAUUAACUGAUGAAGCUCUCUUCCUGUCGCCACAAGCGCUGCGCUGUUCUCGUGUGGUUGUGCGCAAUGCGUAGGUGGCCAGGUAUCGCGCGUGUGUGCCGCGUCGCAGCCUCGAGGCCGCUCC